CUUUCGUUGGAGAGGAUUGCGUGACGAGCCAAAAGUAUGUGAUAUUGCCUUAAAUUAUGAGCGCCAUUACCUUCGCUAUUGCUGCAGCUCUCUUUCACUUAGCUCCCGUUCAAACGGUGAAGAAAUGCGAAAAGAUAGACGCAUGUCGCUGUUCAACCGAUGAAGGGGAGAUUAAUCUAUGGAGUCUUGGGUCAGAAUCACCAGGCCAACCAAGGUAUGUUUCUUCUGCAGCUCGUUUCUACAGGUUUCUACAAGCACAAAACCAGCAAAGCCAAGGGAAAUGAUAAACGUGGCGUUCCAAGGUAGGGUACUGGCGUCGUUUUCCGCUUGUCGUCGCCCGUGGCCUAUUUCGUUCAGCAGAACGUCGAAACGUCGCUAUCGUGGGCCGAUAAAUCGGUCGACACCCCCUGUAAGAUACAUAAGCCUCGUAAUUUUGGCCUCGUAAUUUUAAGUCACUGACUUAAAUUCUCCCGAUACAAUACCGUUGCCGUACACAGUAAACCUGUAUUAAUCAACAUUACCAUACUCCCUUAUGACGUGUGCAACUGACUUAGACGCGUAUCCGUAUCCACAGUAGGCUUUUGUACAUUAUGCUAGCAUUUUUUCGAGCAUUUUAGUGAGGCAAAAGCAUUGAGCAUUUAUUCGAGCAUUUUAGUGGCAUUUUCCCCGGAGAAUUAAUUUCUCCGAGGAAAUAAAAUAGAAAUUAACUUUUUUCAGGAGCCCAUGCCCCAUGAGCUCCAGCUUUUUUGAACAAAAUGAAGAACAGAAUUCAAAAUUCACAAAAAACCUAAUACAGCUGGUGUUUUUGGCUGUAUUUAUGAACUUGUACACGUUGUCGUUGUUACUUGCAUUUGCACGUUUUUGUAAGUGUAAACUUUGAAAUUAAUUAAAAAAACCGUUUGUAUAAUAAGCAUUAUCCGAGCAUUUUAGUGACUUUUUUGCGGAGACCGAGCAUUUUAGUGGGAAAAAUGGAGCAUUAAGGUGGAGCAUUUUAGUAGGGAGGCAAAAACAUAAUGUGCAAAAGCCUAAUCCACAGCGGUUUCCACCGUUUUACGCAUCUCGGUCAGUUUUUAAAUAAAUAAAUAUUUUAAUAAAAAUUUAACUUUCCAAGUUGAAAUCUGACCAAUAUCCUGUCUGAAUAACUCAGAAACCAGGAAAAAGGAAGAGUCAAAAUGCAAAAAAUUAGCUUAAGAAGAAACAAAAAGCAAGCUGCGGUGAUAAACAUAAGGAAAUAUAAACGCAUUUCAGUGCAGAGAAAAAAGACUUUGAAUAACAACAGAAAUUUGAAAAAUGUAGGACAAGCAACUAAUUAAAGAAACAAAAGGUAACAUAUAGUAGAAAAAUUUGCAUAUAAAAGAAAAAGCAUGCAAAUGAAAAGGUAAAGUUCUUCACCGCUGACAUUUUCAUUUAGGUGAGGUUGUAAAUCCCUAAUCAGCAGUCAGUCUGACUGUCCUCUUUGCCAAAAUUUCAAAAUGGUCCCAUUUAUGACAUGACAUGGUCAGCAAUAGUAGAGGAGUGAUUGCCACUCAUAAUAGCCUGCAUGCAUAGCUGGCGGGAUUAGCGUGUGAGUGCUGUAUUGUUUUGGCUGCGGGGCCGUGAGAAGAGUGGGUAUUCAAGUGGGUAUUCCCUUGCAGCUUCACCGCUCGCCUCGUGUGGCUGCUCCGCCGCCAAAAAAGUACCCGGGGCAAAAGAAUCCCACCAGCUAUGCAGGCUAACGUCUCGUAUUUGAAGUGCUCCGUUUUCCUGUCAUGCAAUCUUCGUUUAGUUUUGUCUGUGUAGUAGAAAUCCUGACAGUCCCAACAACUAGCCUUAUAAACAACCCUAGACAUUUGACAUUUUUUGUAAAAUAUCUGUUCGGAGAAGCAAAAAUUGCUAGAAUUUUCUGUAGCUUGAGGAGGGCUAAAAAUGACCGAUCCAUUUAUGUACAAGUUUCAAAGCUUCUGAAGCUUACCUAACAAAUUCCCUGCCCUGGUUAAGUUAUUUUUCAUAGAAAAAGGAACACUAAAAUGAUCGGAUUCGAAAAUGCGAUGGAGAGAGGAAUCAAAUUCUUACUUUCGUAAUGCUUUAAAAUGCAUCUAAAAUUUUCGAGAAUAAUACUGAAGCCGUUGUAAUUUCGAAGACUCAAGUUGCCCUAGGAUGACUGUGCAGCUAAACACUUUGUAGUGCUGUUCAGAAUUCAUUUCUAGAGAUCUAAAAGUACUCUGAAUAGCCUAAAAAAUUGUUUUCAAUGUAUUAAGGGACUGUGCAAUAAUUACCUGGAGAGAGGGGGGGGGGAGGGCUGGGAAAUGGGUGAAGUCAUACCCCCCUCUCUUUAAGCAAAAAUUAAUUUCAACCCCCCCCCCCCCCCCCCCCCUCACCCAACCCCCCCUCCAACUACCUCCUUCAUCCAGCCCACAACACUCACCGUGCAUUCUCUUGUUUAUCUCCCGCAUGAUUGCUAGUUUUUGUCUAUCCUGUCUCGUCUCUUGUNUGAGUCAUUUGAAGAGUCAUCAGAAUCACUGGACUCUGAGCUUGUGUUGUCUCGGCAUGAAUUGAUUGGGAGAUUCCUUAUCUUCUACAGCAUCUCUGGCACUAAGGUGCACUAAGGUGCACUAAGGUGAGAACUCAGGAAUUCCUGUCUGAUUGAGCUUUUUUUUUUGAAGCUCAAUUUAAUCAUACUGUGUUUUAUUUACCACACUUUAAAUUUGUAUUGCUAUUAAAAUUUCAACAGUUGGGUUUUUCAUGUUCUGCUAAAUUAUGAUCCCAUAUGUGCUAACACUGGCAUCUUUCUUUUUCAUUGAAUAGGAUUAUAGUGCCGCUUUUGCAACUUUUAAUUAAAGUUUCCUGUUUUAUUAAAUCUUAGUACAAAUAAAGUAGCACUGUGUUAACAUAUAUAACAGAGGCAUUCCUUUCCUACUGCAUGACAGAUAGGAAAACAGUAGUAUUAAUUUUAGUAUUUAUAUUUGAACUCUAAUAUCUCUUCCACUACUUUUCCAGUUUGCAAAAAGGAAUGAAAAAGGAAUGCCCCCCCCGUAUGUAAUAAAUUUUACUUCCACCCUCUCUAUUGUUGUCAUUUUCUCCUAUGCCCCCCUCUAAUUUUCCGACCCCCCCCCUCCAGGUAAUUAUUGCACAGUCCCCUAGGAGGAGACCGUCCUUAGGUGCCACUGAUUUAAGAAAGGGUGAGUCUGUCUUUGUAGGCAAAAAAAGACUUAUUUACGAUGUGUGCUUUGGAAAACAACUCGAAGGGCAAAGAAGCCGUAGAAUUUAUUGAUGCAAGCCUUCACUUGUUUUGUGAGGAUUCUGCUUUGUAACCCUAAAUAAGGUAGAGUAAAUGUCCGUGCUUCCGGUCCCCCUUCUCUUCAUGCAACAUUACCCAAUAUGUACCGGUCCGGAGGGGUACUCCUGGAAAUUCUUGGUGGGGGUGUACAUGUGCCGCCCGGUUCUUCAAAUCCUGACCCGAAUUCAGACCAAAAAAUGUAAUUGUCACCAGAACGUUUCUCUAGAAGCCUCGAGGCGAGGUUGUUUGCAACUUUUUAAAGAUUCUGCCAUUGUGUGUGUACAGACUAAUAACUGACUUCAUGUCUUUCGUUGUUUAACAGAUUUAACUUUGCAGAAGCGUCUACAGCGAACAUUUCUGGCAAGACAAAAGAUUCCUAUCAGUGGAACCCUUGCUAUUCAUGGACAGCUCAAACCUUACCCAAGGAGGAUGCUAAAAAUCACUGCAAAAACGUGGCAGUAUGUUCUCUUGAUCAUGUUCAUGAUAAUAUUGUAGCAUGAAUUACAGCAAAAUGAAUUUUCUCUGAGGCUCUGUCCACACUUAUCCGGGUAUUUUUGAAAACGGAGAUUUUUUUCCCCGUUUUCAAAAAAAUACGAGUCCGUAAGUGGCGCAUUUGAAUCAAACGAUAUAAUUACGAUAGCAUCGUGUAGACAGAAUGCUAAUAAUAAUAAUUGCACAAUAAUUUGUAUAGGUUAUAAUAUACACGAAAAACAUGACUACACAACAACAAAUUUUGACAGCGCGCGCGUUUUUUGUUCAUUCAAUUGAUUGGCUGAAACAGACUACUACCUCUGUCAAACUCAAACUUUCAAAAUCAUUCAGCUAAGAACUUUGAAAUGUGCAAGGGGUGAUUUCACACCAGCCUGUUAAAGAUAACUCGGUUUACAAAAAUCAAUAAAAGUAAUGGCUUUUAGAAUCGUCCUCGUUUAGCGUUUUUAAAAGAUAACCGCUUUUAAAGUAUCGCCGUUCCCCGUUCCUCAUUCCUCUAUUUCCCGUUCCUUCUUUACUUCUAGAUUAUAAAUCAGAACGUAACGUAACAACACAUAGCCUAAAUAGAGCACGCGUUUUACUGUUUUGAGACUAGUAAAGCUGUUUCAAGUGAUUUGCGACAAACAAGAUCAGCCUCCAUUAGUAAACUAUAUGCGUACAACAUGUGAAUGGGAAAUUCAAAAUUCAAUGUUUCGGACGCUUGUACACUGUUUUUUUUCCCGCCUUUUUAAGCGCUCAAAACAUAGUUCGAGUUACCGAGGGUAAAAUUUUAUGGAAAUGAUCUGAGGGGAAACAAAAACAACUUCGAAUUAUCGAGGGUUCGAGUUUCCGUUGGUAAAAUUACAGUAAAUGUAUGACGGAAAUCCAGGGGAAAUCGAUUUUGGUUCGAGUUAACGCGAGGUUCGAGUUAGCGAGGGUUCGAGUUAUCGGGAGUCAACUGUAUUAAAAAAUCUCACAGCAGUAAUAGACCUUUGUCACGCGACGGCCAUUUUGCCUCGGCAGACUGUUUAAAAAGCUUUGUUUAUGCACGGCUAGCCUCGUUCGAACUUCAGACACAUAUCAAACAACCAACUCAAGGAUAAAUUUUCUUGCUUUUCAGGUAUGUUUGACGCAAAAAACCUCCCUUUAUGGAACUUUUCGAGUGAAUAUUGGCGAACAGAAUUUAUCUGACUGUGUUUAUGAUGAGGAAAAUGGACGAUGUCAGUUGACAUACAGAGUCCAAAGUGACAAACAGAAGUAAAAAUUGUCUCAGAGUGUAAUUUAUUUUCCGACUUUUUAUACGCAAUGUGAUACCAACAGCACCCGCUCUCACUGGUUGCUUUGAGGUCACAUGAUAUCUGAGGAUAACUCCGUUUCCCGCCAAAAGUCUAUGCGGGCAGCAUUGCAAAAUUUUUGACGUCCGAGGGUUGCGAAAGCUACCCGCGAAAGUUGACCAUUCCCUUAUAUUUGUUCUUUUAGCGGGCUGUACAACAAACCACAUAAUAACUCGUCCCUCGGGAAUCAAGUUUCAAUGCUUCCCUCGCCUUCUUUCCCUGAAAACUGAAGUUGCUUUAGUUGAUAAUUGGUGAUACAGUAUUAGAUCAAUAAACCAGGAAUUAUUGCUAGCUUACGAAUUUUUCACUCGCAUGUACAUCUGUAUUGUGUGGUGGUGGUUCAGUUUCCGCUCCACUCAUGUGCCGAACCUAACUGAUGAAUUAAGUACUGCAAUAAAGCGGCGUCUGAAUCAAUUUGGUACGGCAGUUUUAGUUUGGUGCGGCAAAAGCGUUAAGUUCGACAAAGUCUUUCGAACUUUUGUCGAACUUAACUUAGGUUCGACACACGGUACGCCAUCUGAAUCAGAUGUCGCGCCAGUGUCGCUCCAAAGUCGAACUUAUUCAGUUAGGUUCGGCACAUGAAAAGUACGGCGUCUGAACCAGGCCUUAGUAUAAAUUGCUGGGGUACAAAAAUAUAGACGACAAUCUGAUCCUGAAGCAAAAGGGAUGAAGAAAUCAACAAAAGAUGGCGAAAUAAAAUCUAACUCAGCUAGUUUGUUGAAAUACACAUUUGUCUACGUUUUCAUCAUAUUUUGUUUAUUCUCUCAUUGCUAUCCCGGCCUUCGGGAUUAGGAGCUGGAAGGGGGGAGGAGUCCCGGAUCCGAAUUCGCGCGCCUAUAUUCACGACAAUCAAGCAUCCCAAACUUCUGUCAUCUUUAUCCCGAAUACCAUUUUCUUUCCCAAUUCCGCAUCUUGUGCCAAGAUUUUGGCGAAUCCCGCCCCUCGAGUGACGGUCAAUUCCCGUAUCUCGUCAAUAAAUUUCGCGUUUUUCCGAAUCCCCCACUAUAUUUCGGGUCAAAUCCCGGAUACCGAGAAACCCCUUUCAGACUCUGCAGGUUCAGCUUGGCGUCUAUAUUUGUUGUAUUCAUGCAUAUGAUGAAGCCAGUGCGCUAAAAGGCAUUUGAGCACAUUCAGAGAUUGUCCCUUUGAUUUGCUCCAUUGAUCAUGUUGACAGAAAAACUUCAAUUGAUCUUAUUUGUAAAGACACAGAAGAAGGAAGAGUGGACGUUAUGAAAACAUUUGGCUCCUUGUAUGUAAGUGCAUUAUUAGUCUCAACAACAACAGUCUUUCUUUGCAUCAGACCAUAUAAGUACAUACAGCAUUGCAAAAGCUAUUUUAAGAACCAAAAUUACAUCAAAGGGCAAUUAGUCUCAGUACUCUUGUGCCUAGAUAGAGUCUUUAAGAUAAAGUCUCUCAACGUACGUCGUCCUACGUUUUUCCGGUACGAAGUUGUCAUUUAUUCAUUCGUUCGUUCGUUCGUUAGUUCGUUCGUUCGUUCGUUCGUUCCUUCGUUCCUUCGUUCCUUCGUUCGUUCGUUCAUUUAUGUAUUCAUGCAUUCAUCCAUCAGUCAUUCACCAAUUUUUAAAGUUAACUUUGAAACGCACGAAAUUAUGAAGUUUAUGGAUUGCUAUCAUGUUGCGAAGAAAAAAAAAACAUAAACCGAAGAGAACUGACCGUAAACAGCGACGGUUAGAACUUUGUGGUUUUGCAGUUUGCUCGAGUGCCCCUGAAUUUUACUGGUUGUGAAUGGUCACUAAACUAUCAAAUUCCUGAAAUAUUUCAGGUGUUCACGGUUUACUGUGUGUGACCUAACAGCAAUUAUUUUAUGGCUGAACCAGCGAGUGGGCAAGAUGAAGCAAAUCCUGUGUUCCUAUUGGCUACCCGACCAGAAAGGAUAGGCCAAACUUGCACGCUAGGGAUUUCCCGCGUUAAUCCCGCAAGAAAAAGUUUUCUCUCUGGCCUCUUUUCCGUUUUUAUCGACCUCAACUACGUCUCGGUCCAUAAACUUUGCCAUUAUCCAGCCACCUUGACCUCACGCUUGCUCAAUAACGUAUUUAUAUGACUUUCUAUAUGCGUUUCUUAGUACACAUCGCUUUAUUCCAAGUGCGCAUGCCCAGGAAGGUGCAGUGGUCUCAGCUCUGGCGCAAUAGCAGGAAUUGUGUAAGUAAAGAUGUUUCCUUAAACGAUAAGAAUAAUACAAACAAAACAAUGGCGGAUAUAGAUAUUCAACGACUAAGUGAGAGGGAGGGGGUGGGGGCGUUCAUCAAGAGCUUAAGAAAAGAGGGGUGCUCGCCUUCGAAAAUCAUUUUUCUUGGUCCUGUGGGCUUCAGUAUGUCCUAAAUUGUACUCUUGACAAGAUUUGCUUUUUUCGCCUCGCCUCGCCUUCCUCUAUCAACCUUCCGCCUCAAUCAGCGUCCAGAUAAGAUUAAUACCGGCUUUGUCUCACUUAGCCUGCGAACAGCAGACGUCGGAAAUACGUCUGCUGUUCGCAGGCUAUGUCUCACCCAAAGCUCGGUUGAAUAUUACUUCGUUAUGAAAAAUCUAGCAUUCUAACUUUAUUCAGCAACGGAAACCGAUUACCACUCGACUCUUGUUAGCACUUAGUUUUAAUUUUAGUACCAUAAUCCUAAUUCUGUAAUCCUAUUUCCUCAGGAUUGGAUCUAUGUUGCGUUCCUGAUAUUAGCUUUCGUUGUUUUUACUUGCUAUGUCCGCUGCAUGCUGGCAGAUGUAGAGACUAAACCGUCUAUAUGGACCACAAUUAAGGUGAGCAAUAAAAGCACUUUAAAAUUCAUAUGA